GCGCGCGGCGCUGCGGGGAGGGCGGUGCAGGAACACCCGGCCUCUGACAGCCCAACUCGCCAACUCCGCCCUUGUCCCCGCGGGAUCCCGGAGCCCGAGCCGGCCUGGGGCCGAGGCUGCCCGAGCGGCGCUGCGGGCGAACAUGGCAGCAGAAUGAGCAGGCUGGCGCCGGGUCGUGGUCACCACGCUGCUGCUCGGGCUCCGCGCCCGGCGCGCUCCGAGUUGCAUCCUUAACUGGCCUCCUGGUGGCCGCUGGAUUAUUUUAUUCGCGGGAUAAAGGGGAGCCCGCAGCUGAGCCGGUCUGGGUUUUGGCAGGAUGCACAGGCUGGUGUGAGGGACUCGGCGGCUGUGGGAACGACGCGGGAGAAAGCCGGUCUGGGGCUGCAAAGGCGCGAACGCGGGGAUGAGCCGGCCAUGGAGUGGCCUUGGCGGGGCGAGCGGAGCCGGCUGGCGCUGCGGAGGGGACGCCGCCUGAACCGGGGCUCCGCGGGGCUUCGGAGCCUCAGGCUCCCUGGGGGUGUCGCUGCAGCCGCCUCCAGGAAGGCCGGGAGCCCCGCGUGGCGGACACUGUAGCGGUCACCGUACUGAGGCGCCAGGAGCCUGCUCCGCCGCAUCUCUGUGCGCCCUUGGCACCCUGGGCUCCUUGCCCGGUGCACCGUGGCUGGCGCGUCGCGGCGGAGUCGGCGGGAAGAGCUGGGUACAGGACUGGUGGGUGGGUGGUUGGAGGGGAGUGUGCGCGAGUUCGACUGGAAAUCGGAGCAGAAGCAGGACCUGGCGGACCUGAGCAGCCAUGCUUCCCGGGGUGGGCGUGUUCGGCACUAGCCUCACGGCCCGUGUCAUCAUCCCGCUGCUGAAAGACGAGGGCUUCUCGGUGAAGGCGCUGUGGGGCCGCACGCCGGAGGAAGCGGAGGAGCUGGCCAAGGAGAUGAGCGUCCCCUUCUACACUAGCCGCAUUGACGAGGUGCUGCUGCAUCAAGACGUGGACUUGGUGUGCAUCAACCUGCCCCCGCCCCUAACCAGGCAGAUCGCUGUCAAAACCCUGGGCAUCGGCAAGAACGUCAUCUGCGACCGCACCGCCACGCCGCUGGAUGCCUUCCGCAUGAUGUCGGCCGCCCACUACUACCCCAAGCUCAUGAGCAUCAUGGGCAACGUGCUGCGCUUCCUGCCGGCCUUCGUGCGCAUGAAGCAGCUCAUCGAGGAGGGCUACGUGGGCGAGCUGCUGGUGUGCGAGGUGCAGGUGCACGGCGGCAGCCUGCUGGGCAAGAAGUACAACUGGAGCUGCGACGACCUGAUGGGCGGCGGCGGCCUGCACUCGGUGGGCACCUACAUCAUCGACCUGCUCACCUUCCUCACCGGCCAGAAGGCGGUCAAGGUGCACGGGCUGCUCAAGACCUUCGUCAAGCAGACCGACCACAUCAAGGGCAUCCGCCAGAUCACCAGCGACGACUUCUGCACCUUCCAGAUGGUGCUGGAGGGCGGGGUGUGCUGCACGGUCACCCUCAACUUCAACGUGCCCGGCGAGUUCAAGCAGGACGUGAGCGUGGUGGGCUCGGCCGGGCGCCUGCUGGCGGCGGGCACCGACCUGUACGGGCAGCGCAACAGCGCCCCCGAGCAGGAGCUGCUGCUGCGCGACGCCACGCCCGUCAGCAACUCCCUGCUGCCCGAGAAGGCCUUCAGCGACAUCCCGUCGCCCUACCUGCGCGGCACCAUCCGGAUGAUGCAGGCCGUGCGCCAGGCCUUCCAGGACCAGGACGACCGGCGGACGUGGGACGGGCGGCCCCUCACCAUGGCCGCCACCUUCGACGACUGCCUGUACGCUCUCUGCGUGGUGGACACCAUCAAGCGGUCCAGCCAGACGGGCGAGUGGCAGAACAUCGCCAUCAUGACGGAGGAGCCGGAGCUGAGCCCGGCUUACCUGAUCAGCGAGGCCAUGCGGCGGAGCAGGAUGUCCCUCUACUGUUAGCGCCGACUGGGGACCUAGGGGGACUUCGUCUCCUGCAUGGGGCUCGG